CUUUGUCAGGGCCAACCCAGAGGCCUGGACACCUGCAUUCAUCUGCACAACUGCCUUCCUAGAUCUCCCCUUUCCAUCUUUGGGAUGAGAGCCCAGCGCCCAGGGCUCAGCAGGACCCUGACUCCUCUCUGUGAGGUCCCUUUCCUUUGCCUAUUUGAGUACUGGUGGUGGCUGCCUGCUGGCUUUGAAGCCCCGCCUCCAGCUCACAUCCAAUCAGAGUCCCUCCUUUUGGGGGCUGGGCUGAAGGGCUGCACUUAAGGCUGGUAGCUCUCUGGCACUAGGCUCCCAGGCGGGGAUGAUGCACUGCUGCUGCUGCUGCUGUCGCCACUGCCAGCAACUGCCCUGUACGGUGGGGCUGCUGCUGCUGCUGCUGCUGUUACCACCAUUCGUCCCUGUAUCUCCCCUGGAGGCAGCUGCCAGAGGCCCAGGCCACUGUGACCACAUAUAUCAGGGUUUUGCUGAGUGUCUCAUCCGCUUGGGGGACGGCAUGGGUCAAGGAGGUGAGCUGGAGACCAUUUGCAGGUCUUGGAAUGACUUCCACACCUGCGCCUCUCAAGUCCUGUCAGGCUGCCCGAAGGAGGCGGCUGCUGUGUGGGAAUCCCUACAGCAAGAAGCUCGCAGGGUCCAGAACCCGGAUAACUUACACACCCUGUGUGGUGCCCCUGUGCAUGUCCUGGAGCAUGGCACAGGUCCCGAGGUCAACCAGGAGACACUGAGGGCGACAGCAUCCGCCCCGACCCCAGCCCCUGCUCCCUUGCUGCUGGGGGCUGCUCUGGCAUUUGUUUGCCUCCUGGGGCCCCUGGCCUAGCCAUUGGAGUUGGGUAGCAGUGCCCCUGCCCCCACCCCUGCCUUGGUGGCUGCCCUCCAGGCUCUGAAGAGUGCGUUCAGCUUUCAUUAAAAGUAUUUAUAUUUGUA